AUGACCAAAAUACGCAUCAGUAAUACAAUCACAGAUGGUACAGCAAGAGAGAGCUUGAUUGAAAAACAAAUCGGAAACAACCAACCAACAAAAAGUCAUAUUCAGGAUACAUUAACAUCUGCAGGAAAGGGUUUAUCCUACUUAUUAUCUUUGUCCUUCCUCUCUAAAAUUGUAACAUUUGUUGCAAAUACAUAUAUAAUAAGACAAUUAGAUCCAGGAACUAAGGGUUUUAUCUUUAAAUCUGAACUAUUUGCAACUACUGUAAUAUUUCUGUCCUCAGAAUGUUUUAGAAGAGCUUGUUUAAGAACAAAUUUGAAUGAAAGUAAUAAUGAAAACCAAUAUCAGAAAAUCAGAACCAUUUCUUUAUUGUCAAUUCCAUAUGGAUUGUUGACAAUGAUUUUUUGUUACUUUAUUUGGGGAACAUUUUAUUUACCAAAGGUAGAUUCUACAAUAUCUCCAUUAUUGAUUUAUAGCUUUGCAACAUUUAUUGAAAUUUUUGCUCAACCAAUGUAUAUUCUUUCUCUUGCUCAAUUGGCAUUUGGUGUUAGAGUUACAAUAGAAGCUAGUGCUUUAUUUAUCAAGAUUAUUUCUAGUUUUUUUAUUGUAAAUAUUUGCAAAACAGAAAAUGUUUUACUCUACUUUGGAUAUAGUCAAAUAUGUUAUAGUUUGACAAUAUUUAUUGGAUAUCUAAUUUAUAAUUUUAAAUGGAAUAAUGGUAACAAAUUAUUGGAAAAAUUUACAAUUUCAUGGGAUUGGAACUUGUUUGAACUCUCGCAAAGUUUUCUCUAUCAAUCCGUAAUUAAAUACAUACUCACAGAAGGUGAAAAACAUAUAUUAAUUCUAUUUCGUACUCAGUAUGACCAGGGAGUUUAUGAUAUUGUCUUUAAUCUUGGAUCUUUGGCAGCUCGUUUAAUAUUUCAAUAUUUGGAAGAAACCAGUUUCUCUAUUUGGAGUAAAUUGAGCAAUAUUGUAAAUUGUACUGAAAGGAAACCUUCCAAUGACGAAAUUACUGAAUCAGUUACAACAAGCGCCACAGUUUUAAUUCUGUUUUUGAAAGCAUCCAUUUUAAUUGGUUGUGUAUUUGCCUUCUUUGGACCUGCUUACUCUCACACUCUCAUUUAUCUCUUAUAUGGUGACCAAUGGGCCAAUAAUACUGAAGCUCCUCAGAUAUUAUCUAUUUACUGUUUUUAUAUUUUCUUUAUGGCUUUAAAUGGAAUAAGUGAAGCUUUUAUUCAUGCACUUUCAGAUAGAAAGGAAAUUAUCAAACUGAAUUACAUUAUGAUUCUAUUCUCUAUUGUGUACAUGUCUGUUUGUAUUACAUGUUUGUGGUUAUUCAAUUUGGGAACUAAGAGUAUGAUUAUUGCCAACUGUUUUAAUAUGUUAAUGAGAAUAUCCUAUAGCACCUAUUUUAUAGUUUUAUUCUUUAAGAAACACAAGAAUAAUUUGAGAAUGAAACCAAGUGAAAUUCUACAACAGAUCAUUCCAUCCAAAGUAGUACUAAUAGUACUUUCCAGUUGCCUUGUUAUUACCAAGGCUACAGAACUCUAUUUUGAUAUUUCUAAAACAAAACUGUUUUGCAUUGUCAGAUUCGUUCAUAUAGGUGUUGGAAGUUUGUUUUUAAUGCUUUUUAUUGUUUGCCUCUACAAAUUUGAAAAACCAUUCAUCAGACAAUUUACAAUGUUCAGAAGGGGUGAGAUUGGUACAACUUUAAAUGAAAAACAAGAGUAA